UGAGAGUUGAGAGAAGAAGCCUGGACUUCUUCUGCCGAUUCUCGCUGUUUUGUGAAAAAGAAGGGCGAGAUUGACAAAUAAGGAGACAAGUCAAGGUAAUGGAGGUAAGAUUGACAAAUAAGGACACACAUAUAUAUGUAUGUAUAUACCUCGUCUAUUACGAUGUUUUAAGAAACGAUUUGAUUUGCUUCCUUCUUCGAUUUGCUUCGAUUUGCUUCGAUUUGAGAAACGAUUUGAUUAUACAUAAGACAAAGAUGUCUUUGGUGCGAAAAUGGAGAGGGCAGAAGCCUUGUGGAGGUUGAAUGAGGCCAGAGAAGCUUAGAUUGUGUUGAUGGUGGUUCUACCAGCAUGGAGAGUUUGAGAUUUAGGGUUUCUGAUUGGGGGUGCAUUUUGUGCUUUUACUCCAAAAUAGAAAAAGGGUUGGAUUGCUGAAUGUUAUGUUUUUAACUGGGUUGUAAUAAGAUUGGGGUUUACUUAGGUUUUUUUUGGGUGCAAAUAAUGUUAAUCUUUACAAUAACUGGCUUGCAGAAUCAAACACAAACCAAUGCGGGCACUACUGCUACAGAACCCUAAGGUGGCAAUAGCCCCUCUCAAACGGUCAGUAGCAAACUGGGUACCCUUCUCUUCUAAGGACUUCACAGAGGUCUUGAAGUUGUCAGCCAAUACAAGAAACUUAAAGCUCGGCAGAGCAACCCAUGCCUACUUGAUAACGACCAACCAUUCCUUCGGAGCACUCAACUUAUUUCAAACGAACUCCCUGAUCAAUUUCUAUGCAAAAUGUGGUAAAUUAGUGAUUGCCCGCAAACUGUUCGAUUCUAUGCGCGACAGAAAUGUUGUGUCCUGGGGUGCUUUGAUGGCAGGAUAUUUUCAUGGUGGAGUGGUGACGGAAGUUCUUAAAUUAUUCAAAACUAUGGUUUCGGAGGAUGGCGUACAACCAAAUGAGUAUAUACUUUCAACUGUUCUUUCUUCCUGUUCUGACAGUGGCAACGCUGAUGAGGGUCGGCAGUGUCAUGGGUAUGCAUUUAAGUAUGGUUUCUUGUUUCACCUAUAUGUGAAGAAUGCGGUUAUAGAUAUGUAUUCAGGAUGUUUCGAUGUGCAAGGAGCUGUGCGUGUUUUCUUUGAUGUGCCUGGCAAUGAUUUGUUUUCAUAUAAUUCGGUUAUGAAUGGACUUUUAGAACAUGGAUAUUUCAAAGAAGCGUUAGAAGUAUUGGGGAAAAUGGUAAGUGAGUUAGUGAGGUGGGAUAGUGUCACUUAUGUUAUGGUGUUUGGACUUUGUGCUUCUCUUAAGGAUUUGAAAAUGGGUUCGCAAGUUCAUGGCCAGAUGUUGGCAAAUGAUGUGGAAUUUGAUAUGUUUGUUGGCAGUGCAGUAAUUAACAUGUAUGGGAAAUGUGGGAAAAUCAUAGAUGCAGGGAAAGUUUUCAAUCGGUUGCCCAGUCGAAAUGUGGUCUUAUGGACUGCAAUUAUGGCUUCCUAUUUCCAAAAUGGGUUCUAUGAGGAGGCACUGAAUCUAUUUCCGGAAAUGCAACUUCAAGAUGUUCCACCUAAUGAGUUUACAUUUGCUGUAUUAUUGAAUUCUGCUGCAGGAUUGUCUACACUGAGACAUGGAUAUCUAUUGCAUGCUUGUGCAGAAAAGUCAGGCUACAAGGACCAUAUAAAUGUGGGCAAUGCUUUGAUCAAUAUGUACUCAAAGGGUGGCAAUGUUAAAGCAGCAAACAAAGUAUUCUCAGGUAUGAUAUAUCGAGACACAAUUAGUUGGAAUGCCGUGAUUUGUGGUUACGCACACCAUGGGUUAGGUAAGGAAGCUCUUUUUGUAUUUCAACACAUGUUGGCUGCACAAGAGAGUCCUAACUAUGUUACUUUUGUUGGUGUUCUCUCUGCUUGUAGCCAUCUAGGGCUAGUGCAAGAAGGAUUUUACUAUUUGAACCAUCUAAUGAAGCAGUUUGGAAUCGAACCUGAACUGGAGCACUAUACAUGUAUUGUUGGGCUUCUAGGCAAAGCCGGAUGUCUUGGUGAGGCUCACAACCUUUUGAGGUCUACACCAGUCAAAUGGGAUGUUGUUGCGUGGCGUACGUUGCUCAAUGCUUGUCACAUCCAUCGGAAUUAUGGUUUAGGCAAGCAGGUUGGCAAAUCUGUCUUAGAGAUGGACCCUAGUGAUGUAGGAACUUAUGUGCUGUUAUCUAAUAUGUAUGCCAAGGAAAAGAGGUGGGAUGGAGUUGUGAAGAUCCGGAAAUUGAUGAGGGAGAAGAACAUCAAGAAGGAACCUGGAGUAAGCUGGAUAGAGAUAAGAAAUGUCACCCAUGUAUUUGUUUCAGAUGAUAAUAAACACCCAGAGUCCAGUCAGAUUAAUGAGAAGGUAGUGGACCUUUUGGCAAUGAUCAAACCGUUGGGGUAUGCACCGGAUAUUGCUUCAGUACUGCAUGAUGUAGAGGAUGAGGCAAAGGAGGGUUAUCUUAGUUACCACAGUGAGAAGUUGGCCAUAGCAUAUGGCCUAAUGAAGAUGCCUUCAGAAGCACCUAUCUACAUAAUUAAGAACCUUAGGAUAUGUGAUGAUUGUCAUUCGGCUGUUAAACUUAUUUCUAAGGUUACUGAGAGGGUGAUAGUUGUUAGAGAUACCAACCGUUUCCAUCAUUUUCAAAAUGGGUGCUGUUCCUGUGCAGAUUACUGGUGAAAAAAUGUUUUCCUCCCUUUUGAGUUAAAAAAUUUGCAUGUUAUGGCAGUUCGAGAUUGCUGAUCGCAAGUUAGCCCUGACAAACACAUUAGUCAAUGGAGUUUUUGGAAUACAAUUUCCUCCAACUUGCUAAUGCGUGUUUUGGCUUUUGGUUUUAUUUUCUUUUUGGCUAGAGAAUUUUAGCAAAGAGGGGAACCUUGGCAUAGUAAUAAGGUUCAAUCCACAUAACAGCCUCUCUGCGGUAUACAUAUAACGCUGAGGACAUGCCUUUUCCCAGGUCCUGGAAAUACGGUGUUGGUCAUUACACCUUUAAAACCUGGUAUCCCCUCAUUUGGCUGCUAUGGCCCCAAGAGAGGGAAAACCACAACCAGUUGCAGAUCAACUGGGAGCAGGGAUUUAAAAUAUAUUUGUUCUUUGCACCUGUACAUGGAGUUGACCUUUCUCUGGUAAAGAGUUCCCUCCUUUCAGCUCAUGGAAAUACUUCGUAUCAAAUUUGUAGUGAGAGUGUAUUUUUAUCUUUGAGAUGAAGAAUCUUUGAUUACUUAAGCAGAGUGUGGUAGAACAACUGAGCUUAGGUAUACGAAUACUAUUGGAGUUUAUGCUUCAGAUUUUAUCUUCUUAUUGUUUCUCUGGAAACUUUUAACUUUCUGCUUUGUAGAGGGAGGAAAAGUUUUUAUUACUAAAAAGUUUAAGAGUUAUAUGGAUGUUAAAAUUGUUUAUACAUUAUUAUUAAUGAGUCUGAGAGUGAUAUAUAUAUGUCAAAAAUGUUAGGUCGUCUGAGAGGCACUGCUACUUGUUUUCGCUUUCCUUCUGAAACUGUUUUUAAGACCUUUACUUCUUCUUAAGGUUCAAGGUUAUUUGCAGGGUCAUUACUGGAAUACUUUGAACAGGCAGAUGGUUACUGUGUCAGAUUCGGCCUAUACUAUGUGACGAUGCGGAUGGUUUGAAAUGGCCUAUAAACCCGAGGAUACCCUCCUGCUCUUGUUGAUGGAAGAUUGUUCUAUCAGGACAUGUGAUAUGUAGACCUGAUAUGAUCCUAUCUGUUAUAUCCAAUUAUGUAUCUUCUAAUUAAGGGCUUAGGGUUUAUAUACUUACCCAGUUGUAUGUGAUUCUAAAACAAAAUGUCUGAUGAAUAAA